CCUAGUACAGGUCUCCUUGCGUGAGGAAGGGGGGGUUGGGCUCGAUGACCUCCAGGGUCCCUUCCGACUCUGUUACUGUUACAAGCCCUCGUUCGUAGGCCCCCUUUGAAGCUUUCUGCCUGAUCUUUUGCAGGUCAGCUGACACCACCUCUCUUGUUUCCUAGGUUUUGCCUUUGAACGGAAGGUCUCCAGUUUUCCAUACUGGUUGGGAAGGCAAUGGAGACGGCAAUGGAGCCAGUGGUCCUGGACUGCCGGAGAGACCAAAGAUGUAACACCAGACCAGAUAUAGAUUAUCCCCUUCGGGUGCUCUACUGCGGAGUCUGUUCCUUGCCAACGGAGUAUUGUGAAUAUAUGCCUGAUAUGGCAAAAUGCAGACAGUGGCUAGAGAAGAAUUUCCCAAAUGAAUUUGCGAAGCUUACUGUAGAAAACUGUCCUAAACAAGAAUCUGGCAUCGGAGAAGGCCAAGGAAUGAUCGGUGAAGAGGAAGAGAAGAAAAAACAAAAGAGAGGUGGAAGAGGUCAGAUAAAACAGAAGAAGAAAACGGUGCCUCAGAAAGUGACGAUAGCAAAAAUCCCCCGAGCGAAGAAAAAAUACGUCACGCGAGUGUGCGGUCUUGCGACUUUUGAAAUAGAUCUUAAGGAGGCCCAAAGGUUCUUUGCUCAGAAGUUUUCUUGUGGUGCCUCAGUCACUGGAGAAGAUGAAAUAAUUAUUCAGGGCGAUUUCACCGACGACAUCAUCGAAGUUAUUCAGGAAAAAUGGCCUGAGGUGGACGAUGACAGCAUUGAAGAUCUAGGAGAAGUAAAAAAAUGAGAGCCCUUUGGAAAAGCCACAAGUUUCCUGCCUUUUUUGGACAAACACCCAAUUCUAGCCAAGAUAGUCUAAGUGGGACUUCCCUGACAGACCUGUUGAAGGGGCAUGUUCCCCCACCCCUCCGGUGGUGUUUUUACUGUGGUCUAUUUGCUGCUUUUUAUUUUUCGUCUGUAAUCUUUCUUUGCCAAAGUUUAAACUUGGGGGAAGGGAGAGUAUCUUCGUGCUUCGGCUGGAAGUAGAGAGUUAAUCUAAUAAAGACGUUACUGUUC